UCUAGUGGGCAUUGAAGGCGGAUUGUCAGUUUCUCUUCAUUUCGCUUUAAAAGAAAGCAGAGGCAAACACGCAGUUCAAAGUCGGACUAAGUUUUUGUUUGAACAUACCAACUUCCGUAGGCGAUGGCUCCUGCUAUGAAGAUCCUUCUCGGAUUAUUAACAUUUGUCACUAUCGGAGCUUUGUUUCAGCUAGCAUUCAUACGAACGUUAGAAGAUUCAUAUGGUAAUUAUCAGUUUCCUAAUACAAAAUUGCAUUCAAGUCGGCAUGAUGGUUAUCUCAAGUUGCCAAUAGGUAUGAGUCAUUGGCGUGGUGACAAAGAAGCAGAAAUUUUGCGUCUUGGAUAUGUCAAACCUGAAAUAAUAAGCUGGUCUCCUCGUAUUAUUGUACUUCAUAAUUUCCUUAGCUACGAGGAAUGUGACUACCUUAGAGCUGUUGCUCUCCCUCGGCUUCAAGUUUCUACUGUGGUGGAUGCAAAAACUGGGAAGGGAGUUAAGAGUAAGGUAAGGACAAGCUCUGGAAUGUUCUUGAAGCCAAGUGAGAAAUCAUAUCCAAUAGUACAGGCAAUUGAAAAACGGAUUUCAGUCUUUUCUCAAAUACCAGUUGAAAAUGGGGAGCAUAUACAAGUUUUAAGGUAUGAAAAAGAUCAGUUUUACAAGCCCCAUCAUGAUUACUUUUCUGAUCCUUUUAAUGUGAAGCGUGGUCAACGAAUAGCAACUAUGCUCAUGUAUCUUAGUGAUGAUGUUGAAGGAGGAGAAACAUAUUUCCCUCAGGCCGGUACGGGAGUUUGUAGCUGUGGAGGGAAGAUUGUUAAAGGGUUGUCGAUAAAACCGAUCAAAGGAGAUGCAAUACUUUUCUGGAGCAUGGGACUCGACGGGCAGUCCGAUCCGGGUAGCCUACACGGAGGAUGCGCUGUUUUGUCCGGUGAGAAAUGGUCGGCAACGAAAUGGAUGAGACAAAAACCUAUAUCCUAAUUCUAAAUCCUUAUCGGUCCUUCUUUCACUAUGUAUAGAAAUUGUUAAUUGGAC